AAGGAGUUCGAUGAGUACAAUACAAAGAACAUCGAGACACCAACGAUAGCAAGAAAGUUUGUUGCACUGGGAUUUUGUGACUUAACCAUUGAUGAAACUGGCAUAUUACCAAAAAGUGGCUUCAUCAGAAAUCUUCAUAUAGUGCUGGGAGUGGUCCUGGAGGGAGUUCUGGAGGUGGUCGGGAGAUAUUAGUACAGCAUUUACUUGUCAAAGAAGAUGACCAGAAACUUUUACUGGAGCUUCUGAAAAGAACUGUAGAAGGAGAGGAUCUAAGUGAUCUGGCGGUGCAGUAUUCCCUUUGUCCAUCAAAAGAAGAAGGGGGAAUGCUUGGUUGGGUGAGAAAAGGGCAAAUGGUCGCAAUGAAAGAAGUGAACUGGAGACUAAGCUUGCAUCAGUGAGAAAAGAAGCUGAGGAGUCUUUGAAGGAAUUAAACAAUAUGAGGUCUCUUAAGGAUGAGAAGGAGGCAUUAGCUGUGAAACUGCAUUUGGAAAUGGAUAACUUUAAAUCGAGAUGCAAUGAAAUGAAAAGGAUGUUGUUUGAGGACGAGGUGGAGAAAAAUUGAAAAAGCAGGUGUCUCAAUUAAAAGGUGAUCUAAAGUAGAAAGAGGAUGCAUUGAAUAGCUUAGAUAAAAAGCUCAAGAAUGGCAGUCGUCGAAUAGUAGCUUCUAAAGGAAUGAAAGCAACAUCAAAGAACAACAAGUCCAUACCCACAUCUGCAGGCUCAAGAGAGGUUGCAAGUCUUAAAGAGAAGAUAAAGUUGCUUGAGGGUCAGAUCAAGCUGAAGGAAAGUGCACUUGAGAGUUCAACAAAUUCAUUUUUGGAGAAUGAGAGAGAUCUUCAAGACAAAAUAGAGGAGUUAGAUAGAAGAUUAGAAGAUCUUAGUCAGAAUGCAGAAAGGCUGUCUGAACAAGAGUCCCGAAAGGUGGCUGCAGAUGUUCUACCUCCAGGUUCUACGACAUGCACAGGGGAGAGGUUGGUCUAAUCCAAAAUCUCAAGUGAUGUAUACAAAAGGUGAAAAAGAAGUUCUAGGACUAAAUAUCAAUGGGUUCUUCAAAAUCUGGAGUUGUUGGCGAAGCUUUGUUUGACUUUUCGAGUUAUGCAGAUGCAACUAAGGUUUCCUUGGUGUCUCUUCCUCUCAAAAAUUCUAAAUCUGAAGCUGUGUUGCAUGUUUCAAUUCAGAUGAUUCUGCUGAUCAAAGGUGUUAUCAAUGAUUUUUGUGUGUGUGUUUUAGUACUUGAUUGCCUAUUGCCUAAAGUUAACAAAAUUUCCCACUUUUUGGUGUUUUUGCUUUUUACAGUGUUGUCGAAGAAAUCGAAACUGCAAAACUUAAUUCUCUGGAUAGAAUAUUACCCUGUCCAGUUCCGGAAGCAGCUCAGGGCAUUGAAGAACAACACGGUUCAUCACGAGCAAAUAAGCUUUCCGUCCUCUCUGAGUAAUGCUUUGGUUCCCCUGAAGCAAAAUACCAAUGUCUCAACGACAGUUCAUGAAGAAAGUCUGAAUGCACAAUGGGAGUGGAUGGGAGGUUCUGCUUUUGACGUGAGUACAGAUGUUGUUGAAAAGCUCAAAACUGAGCUCAUAGCUAUGGCUAGGCAAGCAGACAUGUCGGAUUUGGAACUACAGACUCUUCGGAAGCAGAUAGUCAAGGAGAGCAAAAGGGGACAGGACCUCUCAAAAGAGGUAGCUAGUUUGAAAGAGGAACGAGAUGCUCUCAAGGAAGAAUGCAAUAAACUUAAAGCCUCACUGAAACGUAUGGACGAGACAAAGUCCAAAGACAAGUUGCUUUACGACAAUGGGGAUAUUCAGGCUCUUGUAGAUGAGCUUAGGCAAGAGUUGAAUUAUCACACGGACAUGAAUGCAAAUCUUCAGAUACAACUUCAGACGACACAAGAAUCUUAUUCUGAACUAAUUCUUGCUGUUCAAGAUCUAGAUGAGAUGUUGGAACAGAAAAACCAAGAAAUCACUAACCUGUCCAACAAAUCAACGACACGCGAUGAUGCUGACAAGUUUCCAGAUGUUAUCUCCAACUCCAAGCAUGAAAUGAGUGAUGAAGAGCAAAAAGCACUUGAGCAGCUUGUGAGACAGCAUAGCGAUGCCAAGGAAACAUACAUGCUAGAGCAAAAAAUCAUGGACCUGCAUGGUGAAAUUGAGAUCUACAGAAGAGACAGAGACGAUUUAGAGAUGCAGAUGGAGCAACUUGCCCUUGACUAUGAGAACUUAAAGAUGCAAUAUGAAUGUUCCUCUUCGUAUGCCACUGCAAGUCAAAUGGAAGCCCAGAUCGAGAGCUUGGAGAACGAGCUGAAGAAGCAAUCUGACGAAUUCUCUGACUCUUUGGUCACGAUUAGUGAACUCGAAGCUCAAGUGAGGAAUUUGGAGGAAGAAUUGGAAAAGCAAGCCCAGGGAUUUGAAGCUGAUUUAGGCUCGUUGACUCGUGAUAAAGUUGAACAAGAGCAGAGAGCAAUACGAGCUGAAGAAGCAUUGAGGAAGACAAGAUGGCAAAAUGCUAGUACAGCGGAGCGGCUUCAGGAGGAAUUUAAACGACUCUCUGUUCAAAUGGCAUCCACCAAGCAAUUGAUUCAAGUGAAAUGACCCUUGACCACCAAAGGAUGUGGUGCAGUGGAUGAGAUUGCUCUUCCCUUAACCAGAGGUUUCGGGUUCGAGCCCUCGGUAUGGAAAAAUUCUUGGUAGGGAGCGCUUCCCCCCAAUGGGGCCCUACGCGGCGCGAAUCCGAAUAUAGUCAGGCUCCACUGCGGGUGGGAAACCAAAAAAGAAGUGAAAUGACCCUUGACCUCGUGAGAUCUCAAGCUGUAUAAGCAGAGCAUUUGUGUAAAAGGCCAUUUUAAAAAUUUAGGAUAUUUAUAUCGAGGAGCUUCACCUAUGGAAUUGGAAACUUCAUAAUAAUGAUUAUUUUUCAAAUAUAAACAAGACUGGCUUCUUUAGGCCAUUGUUUUAAA